UAGAGGCCCAUCAAUUCAUCAUCUCCAUCAAAUCAGAAAAACAAAACCCAACCGCUUCACCUUUGCCCUUGUAUCAGAAACAACUCCGAUUAGUAACUCGCCGGAAUACGAAGUCAGAAGUUCGUCGGCCGCCAGCAACAGCGCCACAGUCGUCCAGGGAUUGUUGGAAUUUGUUGAGCAGAGAAGAUGAAGCAAGUAGUAGGAAUGGUGGUUUCCAAUAAAAUGCAGAAAUCUGUUGUGGUAGCAGUUGAUAGAUUAUUCCACCACAAAGUGUUCAACCGAUAUGUCAAGCGUACCUCUAAGUUUAUGGCUCAUGACGAGAACAAUCUUUGUAACAUCGGUGACCGAGUUCGGCUGGAUUCUUCUAGGCCUUUGAGCAAGCGUAAACAUUGGACGGUUGCUGAAAUUCUCAAGAAAGCACGCAUAUAUGUUCCACCCUCUGCACCGGUAUCUCAAAAAGUGAGCUCCAGCUCUGUAUCACCUACAACUACAUCAUGAAUUUGCUCAAGCAAAGGAUGGUUUAUAUUUCCAUUAUCCAAUCAUAUGAAGGAAUAAAUGAUCUAAUUACAGUAAGAUGUACUCCCUCUAGCCUUUAAUAUAAGCAAUUUUGGAUCAAUAAAAAUUGAUGUAUUUGGUCUAAAUUUUAAACCAAAUACAUCAAUUUUUGUUGACCUUAAUAUUUAAGGCCGGAGGAAUUACAGCAUGAAGGAGUGUUCAUGAUGGUAUGACCCUGCUAUUGUGAGUGAGAAAGUGGUGGUUGGUUGUAGAAAAGGAUUGAACUAGGUCAUGGCAAUAAUUAAGAAUCCAUGAUAACAGAAAAGAUAUUAUAAUGUCGUGAAAUUUGUACUUGUCCAUUGAGGUUAAACAUUACAUUAUAUA